AUGGAGAAACACAAUCUCACUGUAGUGCAUGAGUUCAUUCUGAUGGGCAUCACAAAUCGCCCUGAGUUGCAAGCUCCAUUAUUUGGGCUAUUUCUCAUCAUCUAUGUGGUCUCAGUGCUGGGCAACUUGGGCAUGAUCAUCCUUACCAAGGUGGAUUCCAGACUUCAAACACCCAUGUACUUUUUUCUUAGAAACCUGGCUCUCACUGAUUUUGGAUACUCUACAGCUGUGGGCCCAACAAUGUUAUUAAAUUUUGUUGUGGCUCAAAAUACAAUUUCCUAUUAUUUUUGUGCUACACAGCUAGCUUUCUUUCUCUUCUUCAUUGGAAGUGAAUUAUUUAUUCUGUCUGCAAUGGCCUAUGAUCGCUAUGUGGCCAUCUGUAACCCUCUCCUCUACACAGUCAUCAUGUCAAACAGGUUAUGUCAGUUGCUGGUGGCAAUCCCCUAUCUCUAUUGUAUAUUUAUGUCACUUACAGUCACCAUAAAGAUUUUUACCUUAUCCUUCUGUGGCUACAAUGUCAUUAAUCAUUUCUACUGUGACUGUAUGCCUUUGAUAUCUUUGCUGUGUUCAGACACUCAUGAUGUCGAAUUGACAAUUAUGAUCUUUGCAGCUUUUGAUUUGAUUUCCUCUCUUCUGAUCGUCCUUGUGUCCUACCUGCUCAUCCUCUUAGCCAUUCUCAGGAUGAAGUCUGCUGAGGGCAGGCGCAAGGCAUUCUCCACCUGUGGAUCCCACCUGACAGUGGUCAUAGUGUUCUAUGGGACUUUGAUAUUUAUGUAUGUCCAGCCCAAGUCCAGUCAUUCUUUGGACACUGAUAAAGUGGCUUCCAUAUUUUACACACUGGUUAUCCCCAUGUUGAAUCCCUUGAUCUACAGCUUGAGGAACAAAGAUGUCAAGUUUGCUCUACAAGGCACAUGGAAAAAGAUAUGCAACAUCUUUUCUUAA